AUGUCUUGUUCCGGCUAUAUCGAUCUGCAAGCGCUGCUGAGCGCGUUUGUCGUUGCUGCCCCCUCCCCCGCCGGCGUUGGUCAACAACCACUUGUGCUGACAUCGAACGAGCCAACACCCCUUUGGAAGAGCUUCUCGAACAGGUUGAUCGGUGCGAUAUGGGGAUCGCAUAGGAAUGGGAAAGACAUCUUCGAACACCGCUAUCCUUCAGCCCUCCGACAGUCUUCACAACCUCCACCGCGCACCUUAGCACGAUACAGCGGGGAUGUGGUUGUUCGAUUCAACGUCAGCACAGCAGAAGAGGCGUCGAGCCUGGCAGAAGCAGCAGACACCCUCUUCCUCGACGUCUGGGGAUUCUCGCACGACUGGGUGGACAUUCGACUAGCGAAAACCAUUGUCCCCUCCUUCCUCCGCCUCCUCCCCUCCUCGCUCCGACACAAACACACACCCCUCCUCGGCCAACGCGACCUCGCGCAAGCAAUCUACGACACCUACCCCGUCCCCCGCGACCAGUCUCUCACGCCCACACCAUCCGCCAUCUCCCACCUCCGCGUUCGUCCCCUCCAACUCUCCCGCGACGACGGCGACAACAGCGACACAAACGUCUUCUUCACAAACUACCAGCCUCUGUCCGUCAUAACCCCCUGGCUUCACCUCCUCGCCUCCCUCUUCACGACCCACGUCCGUCUCCUCAGCAUCGGCACAACCUACGAAGGCCGCCCCAUCCCCGCCCUCCGCAUCGGCGUCCACCCGACCAACAACGACGACCCCAACCCCCCCAAACGCAAAACCGUGCUGAUAACCGGCGGCGUGCACGCGCGCGAAUGGAUCAGCACAAGCACAGUCAACUACAUCGCCUACAGCCUCAUCACCCGCUACGGCAAGAACCCCUCCACCACCAAACUGCUCGAAGACUUCGACUUCGUCCUCGUCCCCACCCUCAACCCCGACGGCUACGUCUACAGCUGGGACACCGACCGCUUGUGGCGCAAAAACCGCCAACGCACCGGCAUCCGCUUCUGCCAGGGUAUCGAUCUGGACCGCGGCUACGGCUUCGAGUGGGAUGCCGUCAGCACGGCGGGGAACCCUUGCUCGGAGAACUUCGCGGGGGACUCUGCGUUCGAGGCCGUGGAGUCGAAGAGGUUAGCGGACUGGGCGAAGAAUGAGACAGAGAGGAAUAACGUCGAGAUCGUCGGGUUUCUGGAUUUGCAUGCCUACAGCCAACAGAUCCUCUACCCUUACAGCUACUCAUGUAGUCCCACCACGCCGAACCAGGAAAACCUCGAAGAACUCGCCGUCGGACUGGAAAAAGCCAUCCGCAGGUCCAGCGGGCUGAAGUACGAAGUCCUCGCCGCUUGUGAGGGCAACUCCGCCAUCUCAUCAAGAAGCGGGGAAAAGGAAUUACUUCCUCUAAUGGAAGGCCAAGGCGGCAGCGCCCUGGAUUGGUUUUAUCAUGAAAUGGGCGUGAGAUAUGCGUAUCAGAUUAAGCUGCGGGAUCGCGGGACGUAUGGGUUUUUGCUGCCGAGGGAGGAGAUCGUGCCGACGGGGAAGGAGAUUUUGGCGGCUGCGGAGGCGUUUGGGGGGUUUUUGCAGGGGGUGUAUGUUGGACAAGGGGCUGGGAAGGGCGAAGUGGAAGAAGAGGGCGUGGAGGAUGAGGAGAUGGUGACGACUGAGAUGUUGGCGGGUGAUGAGGGGGAUGAUGAGGGCUUGGGGGACGACGAUCCUUGGGUGAUUGUUGAGGAUUUGGUUGAGGAGGAGAUAUUGGAGGAACCGCAGUGGGAUCUCCGUCGGCGGCGGAGACGGUGA